UGCUCUACAAUGAGCAAUACUUGUAGUAACAUGGCUUCAGUUGUGCCAUUUCUGAAAACUUUAAAUUCAAACCAUUCCAUAUUACAAGCCAGUAAAUUAAUAAAUAAUUAUAUAUUUUGCCGAGCGAAGUCAUCGAAGUCUUCAAAGAGCGAACAUGAUGUUAUUAUUGUCGGUGGAGGUAUUGUUGGCAUGGCAACGGCUCGGGAAUUACUCAUGAGACAUCCUGCACUGUCAGUUGCUGUAGUUGAAAAGGAAAAGGGAUUAGCAUCCCACCAGAGUGGUCACAACAGUGGUGUAAUCCAUGCUGGUAUCUACUACACCCCCGGAUCUCUCAGAGCCAAGCUGUGUGUCGAAGGCCUGGAUCUCGCAUACAAGUACUGCGACCAGUUCGGAGUGCCAUACAAAAAGUGUGGAAAGCUAAUAGUUGCAGUAAGGCCACAAGAAAUUGCUCGACUUGACAAGCUGUUUGAAAGAGGUGUUCAGAAUGGUGUCAAAGAUCUUAGAAUUGUUGGAUCAACUGAGAUCAAAGAGAUUGAACCAAACUGUAAAGGCCUAAAAGCAAUCCAUUCUCCACAUACUGGCAUUGUGGACUGGGGUCUGGUGACCAGGAGCUAUGGCAAGACGUUUCAACAGCUUGGUGGCAAAAUCUACACAGACUACCAAGUGACAAGUUUUACUGCAACGAAAGAAAGCAAACCUGGAAGCCAAGAUGGGAUCAACUUCCCUAUAACUAUAUAUGGCAAACUGGAAAAGAAUUCGCCGCUCCGGUGUAAGUAUGUGGUCACGUGUGGUGGUCUGCAGUCUGAUCGACUGGCCCAGUUGUCUGGCUGUGACAGGAACCCGAGGAUUCUUCCAUUCAGGGGAGAGUACCUAGAACUGGUGCCAGAAAAACAUGAUCUCAUCAGAGGAAACAUUUAUCCAGUACCAGAUCCACGCUUCCCGUUCCUGGGUGUCCACUUCACCCCACGUAUAGAUGGCAGGGUCCUGCUGGGUCCUAAUGCUGUUCUAGCCUUCAAGAGAGAGGGCUAUGGAUACACACAGUUCAGUCUGUCUGACAUGAUGGAUGCACUCAGCUAUAGUGGUCUGAGAAAGCUAGCCUUGCGUAACCUCAAGUAUGGUGUUGAAGAAAUGUACAAGGGGAUUUUCUACGGUGCUCAAGUUAAACAGCUUCAGAGAUAUGUUCCUUCACUCAGACUGAGGGAUGUUAAAAGGGGCCUGACUGGGGUGCGUGCUCAGGCUGUUGACAGCAAUGGGAACUUGAUAGAGGACUUUGUGUUUGACAGUGGGACAGGCCAACUGGGAAAGAAUAUUAUUCAUGUGAGGAAUGCACCAUCACCAGGAGCUACCUCUUCUCUAGCAAUAGCAAAAAUGAUUGCUGAUAAAUGCCAGACAAAAUUUGACCUGUGAAUAACAAAAUGAUACACAACCAAUAUUAAUGAAAACAAGCAUAUUAAUGCACAUCAUUUCAAAAAGAAAACCCAUUAUACAUGUAGUUCUUAAAUAAUGUAUGCCCACAAGUAAAAGGCUAGGCAUGGGGGAUUUUUAGGUGCCAAAAAAACCGAAAGAAAAUAUAAUCAUUACUAAAUAUGUAUUCACUGGCGUAGGAAGCGAGAUGCGAAAAAUGUCAUAUUAAAAACCAUUGUGCGAACACCACUCAGACACUGUUCACACAUAGACAAACACAAGUUCAAAUUAAGUUUUUAGCAAAAUGCGAUAAGAUUGUCCGAAGAUAUAUGGCAGAUUGCAGAGAAACUGGCUUAGUGUUUAUGGUGGUUUGGAAUAAAACAUUUUUAGGAUUGGGUGUGUAUAAUGGCGUUUAGCGAUGAAACACUCCAUAUUCAGAUAUAUAUAUAUAUAUAAACACACAUACUGUCGAACCUGUAUAUAACGGUCACUUGAGGGACCUGGCAAAAGUGCCCAUUAUGGACAGGUGGCUGUUAUAUACAGGUAAAGGAAACACAUAUAAAAUAAUUUAUUAUAAAAAAAAGUCACUACCAGAUACUAAACUGGAAUGCACAAAGUAUCAACAAUCAUCAAAAAAAUAAGAAAGAAAACUAUUUUUAUGACAUAAAAAUGCUAUUUAAAGCAUCAUUGUAAUACGUUUUGUUGAAACUCACUCUAUUACACACUUUUUGAAGUAAUUUAUCUUCCGAUUGCUUUCCACUGCAUUCUGUUACCUAUUCAGUUAAUUAAAUAUAUAUCUUGUGACCAUUAUGGCAAGUUCAACUGUUCAUUUUGGACAAGAAAUAGUGGCCGUUAUAGCAGGUUCAACCAUUCAUUUUUGUCCAAAAAUAGUGGCUGUUUGCAGCAUUGAACAGGUGGCCAUUAUAUGAAGGUAAAAUAAUGAAGGAAAUGCAUUGGGCGGGAUUUAUGGUGGCCGUUAUAUACAGGUGGCACACUUUUUGGCACCUUCCUAUACCACUGAUAUUGUUAUGACAACAUCAGAUUAUGCACCAUUUAUUUAAAAUAUAUUUAAAGUGUAUGGGUGCACAGUAUGUACCAGCAAUUAAAUAAAAGAUUGGAAUGAUGUAUUAUACUGCAAAAUGAGGUUGACUUCCAAGUCCCAAGUAAAUACUGGGAUUGGUUAAGUUUGAAUUUUUGUCAUAAUAUACUCAAUGAUAUUUUAAAUUUAAGCAUACUAAUAACUGAAUAAUUGUUUAUGGAUUCAUGAAUGUAUUCAUCAUAAUCAGAUUUAGUUUUAAAAAUUAAUUGAACAAUGAAAUUAUAAAUCAAAUCAAUAUCUAUUGCAAGAUCAAAUUACAAAUUAUGUAAAAAUAAGACUGCCAUGUAGCAGAAUUAAGAAAAAUUGGUAUUCAUCGAUGUUUUUAAGUACUCUUGGUGGUUUGGUAAAUAAAAGUUACAGAUCAAGUUUGACAUUCAUGGCGAUUUACCCAUUUUUGACAGAGAUAUGGUCCUUGAACUAAGAAGAUAUGAAAAUUUGUGUAUAGCUUUAUCAUGUACUGUUACAGAUCAGGUUUAAUUUCCAUGGUGAUUUACCCAAUUUUCAGACUUAUGGCCCUUGAAUUUAGGAGAUAUGAAAAUUUGUUGUGCCUGGCAAGGCACAUGUAUUGCUUUAGAAGUACUCUUAGAAUGCUUGUAUAAUACCUAUUUAU